AUUCAAGUGCUCUGGUCGGGUGCCAUCUUUGAAGAAGCUCUGAGGGUUAUAAGCAGGGCGGUCUCCCACGGCUUCCCUUUUCUUCCUCCUACCCUCCCUAUCCACGCUGAACUUGACGUACGGAACAAAGACUGAUACAUACCAGAUCAAAGGCCAAGAAGCAACUCAACCUCUUCACAUCAAUCUAGUUUCCACAACGAUCACCACUACCCAGCAAGAAAACCACCCAAAAAUGUCACGAAACGUCUUCGGCGAUAUAGCCGUGAUACCUCACCUGCCUCAUGCCGAUCAGGCGUUCGCCCUACUCACGCGUCUCGCGCGAAUCGUCGAGCCGAUAAUGAUAUCCCGUGGUCUCUUCGUGUCGCGCCUCACGGAGUUCCUGCCACAGCCAGAAGAGAAUCUCCUGGGCCUCAACUACGGCCAGGGCUGGUGGAUCUGCAUCGGCCUGCGCAAGAACAACCACCGGGGAAUAAACCAGUUCAGGCCUGAGGAGGAUCUACUGGACACCCUGCUACAUGAGCUGACGCAUAAUCACUUCGGACCGCAUGACGCGAAUUUUCACGCAUAUCUAAGGGGGCUGAAGGAGCAGUAUUAUCUGCUCAUGUCCCUGCAGGGUGAUGAUCGCCAGCCGGAGAGACAGGGAGACGGCCGCUACCACCAAGACCGCGACCGCGACCCUGGGCGACGUCCGCAGGUGCCCGGAGGACGGGACCAUGAUGGUAUGUACUAUUGGUAACUACCUAUGUACUGACGUGCGGCGGGAUUGAACUCACGUUGACGGACGGACGGAAGGGUAGAUGUCAAUCCUGGAGACAUGGAGACAUGAAGAGUACUACCGAUUUUGAUUGGAUUUGCCGUUUUUCUUUUCUUUUUUCGUUGCUCGCUAACUAGCAUUCAUUCUAUAAUGACC